UCCGGAGCUAUAGGGAGGGCCCAAUAGCCUAGCGUGGUGGCAGCACUUGACGGUGCUGCUGUUAUCGUUGAGUGUCUCUAUCUCUUCCGGCAUGGCCGGCAGUCGUCGAUGACAUCUAAUAGAGUGUGGAGUUUUCUUGAGGCUUUUUCCCUUUUAUAUGAAAUAGUGUGCAUCCUAUGCACUUAAUCGCAUUCAUUAAUUGCUUCCGUUUGUCCACUAACGUGGCAACUUCUCUUUCUCGUGCGAAUGUGUUGUGUGCAUUGAACAAGUGAAGAAAAACUAAAAUUGUAAAUGUGCAACACGUGUGAGUGCAUGUGGCGUGCGGUCAUUGUACUCCGCGACGUCACUCGCGAAAUUCGCGGUUAACUUCGCUUUUUUCGUCGUUAAAAUUUUGUGUAAUAGUGAGAAUAAAAAGGGUUUUUUAUGCUUUUUCCCUUAGUCCUAGUGUUCGUUAUUUUCCUUUCUAUUUCUCUCUAAAUUAAAAACUUAACAAUCAACACGAUAAACUAACAAUGUAACAAAUAAAAUUCAAUAAAAAUUAACAAAAUAAAUUUAACAUUAACAAAACCAUUUAUUCUGCAAAAUAAAUACAGUUCUUCAAAACAGCUAUGUAGAAGUAUAUAGAUGCUGCGAACAAAGCUCACAAAGUCGUCGUUGCGCUGUGUCAAGAGCUGGUCGAGAGAAACAGUAAGCUGCAGUGAGUUGUGGCGCACGACAACAAAGCUUUUAAAACGCGCACGUAACACAGUCGCAUCCAUUAUGCGUUGUCGUCAAUCGCGCUCUGUACUACUAAGUGGAGAGAAAAAAACCAGCCAAGCUGCGUCUCUCUCUCUCGCUCUUUCUCUUUUUCUCUUGCGCGAGUACACAAACAAAGGAGCCUCGCUUGAUAACGCUGCGCGAGUGUCACAGUCAGACACUUCAUUCUCUUGCUCUUUUUGCAGUGUUUCGUAUUCGAACAGAAUAAAUUCGGUGUAACAUCGCGACGUAGUCCAUAUUCCGAACGUAGUGAAUUCGGUGUAACGCCGUGACGUAAUGCAUAUUUCAAUCCAAGCAUUGAGCGACUGAUUGCAAGGAAUGUGUAUGCAACAUCGGGAGCUUAGCGAAGAAACUGAAAGUGGAGCUGUUCAGAGUGUAAUACUGGCAAGUCGAUAGUAUGCACGUACAGAGAAGUUCCAAAGCACACGCCAACGACUGAGGCAGAUGGCCGUCAGGGGCUGAGAGGGAGAGAAAAUCAACCCAGCAACUACAUGCCAGCUGUGCGUGAAAAAGCUGUUUUGUGUUGUUUGCAUCUCCUUUUGACACGCCAACUUGGUCAACGGAGUGUAUUAAAGUGUCCGCGAGUGGCCUUCCUCAAGAGCAACGUCUUCGCCUAAUUCUUUAUUUAGUGAUGGCUGUUCCAUGAAAUAAGUAGAUGUGAAGUCACUAUCGUUAAUCAAAAUUCCUCCCUGUAUAGUGUGUGUCUGUCCGUCCAAGUUUCGCUCAAAACAAGUGCAUCAGUUUUGUCAUGGGCACCAAGCCGUUCGAUUGUCUAAAAUCUCGAGAGCGAUAUACUGAUUCAUGGGGAGCUUUGCCAUUCUCGAUGCUUUGGGAAUUAUGAAGGGCCUCAUCCUUAUAUUCUGUGCUUUGGUUCAACUAGAAGGCCAGGGGGUACGAAUGCAUACGAACUAAGUAAACGGUGUCGCUCAUGCUAUUCAUACUUGAUGCGGCGCAAUGACUCAGGCAACGUUGACAUUUUGAAUUUUAAUAUUAACUCCCACCAACACAAGCCCACAUUCGCGCAAGCUACGACAAUUCACCAGCCGCCGUCGUGAACAUGCUACUUUUGUGUCACUGAGUUGCUUCUCAAAGGAUUCAAGUGUAAAAAGUAGUAAAAAGCCUAAUCUUAUUUCAUCGAUUACAUAUAUUAAACACACCUUCUAUCGCUGAAUAACAGAUCAACUAGCGAUUGUUAAUCAUGGCACUAAAGAAGAAAGACUGGCAGAACAAUUACCAAAUUAAUUUUAAGCAACAUUUUUAAUUGACCAGUGCUUUUAUGUUUGCCUAUGAUUCAAAAGUUAUGCCUGUUCAUCAGAUUAAUGUCAAUCCCCCUGAUUGGCAACCAUCUCAGUCACAGGCAUAUGCUAAUAGUGCAACUAGUCCAAUGAGCAAGGAGCAGCGUCCACCAGAAUGGACACCACGGGAACCAGCAUAUGCACCCAUUGUAACAGUAAUACCAGAUCAUUGUCACUCAUCAGUCAGCACAUUGUCAUCAAACAAUCAUGACAUUUGUCGAAUAUGCCAUUGUGAGGGAGAACCCGGUGCACCACUUCUGGCUCCUUGUUACUGUAGCGGUAGUCUGCGAUAUGUACAUCAGACAUGUCUUCAACAGUGGAUAAAGGCAUCUGAUACACGUGCUUGUGAAUUAUGUAAAUUUACUUUUAUAAUGCACGCCAAAACAAAACCGUUUUCCGAGUGGGAAAAAUUGGAAAUGUCGGCUCCUGAAGUCCGCAAAUUAUGGUGCGCAGUAGCAUUUCACGCUGUUGCAGCAAUGUGUGUCGCAUGGUCUUUGUAUGUUUUGGUAGAGAGAACUGUUGAAGAGGCUCGCAGAGGAUAUGUUGACUGGGGUUUCUGGAUGAAACUAAUUAUUGUUGUGAUAGGAUCUACAGGAGGAUUAGUCUUCAUGUACAUCCAGUGUAAAACUUACAUAAUGUUAUGUAGACGCUGGAGAGCGUUUAAUAGAGUAAUAUUCAUUCAAAACGCUCCAGAGAAAGUGGUGCUUCCUCCAUCGCCGACAGAUUCCCUUCGUGAAGUGACGGUGCCUCUGAAGGAUCCAACUGCUUCGAUGCCCGAGCUAAAUCGCAACUUAUUACAAAGAAAUGUUGAGCCACCAUGCGCUUCCCAAACAGUUAAACCGGACUCUGCGUCAAUUUCGCAGCGACCAGAAGCUCAACUCAAACUUUAUGUCUUUGACAAACUCUCUUCCUCGGAAGAUAAUUUGUAAUAUAUGU